CCUUAAACCCAAGUUGAAUCCAAAGAAUCUGCGGAUCACACCCCUUCAGAAGGCAGACAUUACGUUCCCCCUCCGUUUUUUCUAUUCUCUUCUUCUCUCUGCCCAUUUCCGUCUGUACUGUUUGAUUCAGUCAGAGGCAUGUCGGUUCCUACGGGAUUUUGAGCGCUCUCUCGGUCUCGUUCGGUCGCAAUCUUGGGUUCUAAAGGAAACAAAGAGGGGGGAUCGAGGAUGUUGGGAGACUUCAUUACGAGAUGCCUCUUGAUGGUCUUUGGGUAUGCUUACCCGGCAUUUCAGUGCUUCAAGACGGUGGAGAAGAAUCGGGUUGAGAUCGAAGAACUCCGGUUCUGGUGCCAAUACUGGAUAAUCGUGGCAAUGGUUACGGUCUUGGAGAGGAUUAUGGACAUUCUCAUUUCCUGGCUUCCAAUGUACAGCGAGCUGAAACUGGCAUUCAUCCUCUACUUGUGGCACCCGAAAACUAUGGGAACUGUGUAUAUCUACGAGAAUUUAUUGCGCCCUUUUGUAGCACAGCACGAGAAUGACAUCGAUAGGAAGUUGAAGGAGUGGCGUGCCCGGGCUUGGGAUUUGGCCAUCUUCUGCUGGCAGAACUGUGCGGUGUUGGGGCAGACUGCCUUUGUCCAGCUUCUUCAGUCUUUGGCCUCUCGGUCGGGGAAAUUUUCCGAGAGCGCGAACGAGGACUCGAGCAAUCAGAAGCGUUCACCGUCUCCCUCAACCUCCAUCAACCGAGCGAUGUCAGAGAGCCCAAAAUUCGAAGACGUGCAAGUUCAUCAGACCAGUGGCCAGGCAGAGUUUGUUUAUGUCGAAGAGGAGACAACACCAAAGAGCAAGCUAAGGUCACCGGUUGCUGCUGUUGCUGGAGACUCCCAAUCAGACGAGAAGUCUGACAGCCCUUGCCUUAGGCUUAGGCGCUCUAAACCCGAACCGAAUGCUAACAGUCAAACCACAUGAGGCACAAAAUUUGUACAAUCUCACCAGUACAAUGUUCUCUUUAUCUCUUUCCCUUGCAUCCUCGUAAAGUUGUAACCUUUGAGUACAUUUAUUCAUUCGUUCUUGUAUUCUGUCAA